CUCUCUAUGACCCCCCACACCCCCUUGACUGCUCGAGCCUGCCCACAGUCCAAGGCUUGGACUCAGCCUUAGAUCGAGUCGCAUCUUCCGGCAUCUGCUUGCCGGCACCGCCGUAUCCUGGCAUCUGAUCGCCGACAUCUCGUCCCUUUUUUCCUGUGAAGUCGACCUCCUGCUCUGGCGGCGACCAAGAAUUUAAGUUAUGGAUUAUGUGGGAAUACUAGUUCGAGAAUUCGGACAUGAGGAUUAAUGGGGAAGAGAGUAAAGAAGAAAAGUACCCGAAAUGCUCAAAAGGAGAAACAGUUUUCAACCUCUUCUCCCAAAAAUGUUUCACAAAAGAUAAUUCCAACAAUGGUGGUUGAUGGAGUUUCGGUUGUGAAAGAGGCAAGAGUAUGUCCCCAUCUUGAUACGGGCGUUAAUUUGGAUAAAAUCUCCUCGAAGAUAGCAUCACUCGAGUCUCUUAAAUGUGAUGAUUGUAGGGAAGGGGUGGUUGAUAGAAGGGCAAGUAAAGUAAAAGGCAAACAUGGCAAGAAAAAGGCCAGUGGUUCAGCAUCUGAGUCCAAAUCCAUUUGGGUGUGUUUGGAAUGUGGACAUUGUACAUGUGGGGGUGUUGGGCUUCCCACAACACCUCAAAGUCAUGCAACUCGGCAUGCCAAACAGAAUCAUCAUCCGUUGGCUGUCCAAUUUGCAAAUCCUAAUCUCCGGUGGUGCUUCACUUGCAAUACGCUUAUUCCUGUUCAAACUUCAGAAGAAAAUGGAGGAGAACAGAAAGAUGCUUUAUCUGACAUUGUUAAAUUAUUAAAGGCUCGGUCUUCGUCAGAAAACUCCUUUAAUGUGGAGGACGUUUGGUUUGGAAGUGGCGAUGUCACGAGGGAGAUGAAGUCAGUAAGUACCCAAGUUAUUUCAGAAAACAGUGGUGGCUAUAUGGUAAAGGGUUUGGUUAAUUUAGGGAACACUUGUUUCUUUAAUUCAAUAUUGCAAAAUCUUUUAGCAAUGGAUAAAUUGCGGGAUUACUUCUUGAGAUUGGAGGAACCUGUUGGGUCUCUCUCAGUUUCUUUGAAGAAGCUUUUUGUUGAAACUAAUCCAUUAACAAGUGCGAAAAAUGUGAUCAACCCGCAGUCUCUCUUCAACUCUGUUUGUGCCAUGGCUCCUCAAUUUAGGGGAUAUCAACAGCAGGAUAGUCAUGAGUUGCUUCGCUUUUUGCUGGAUGGAAUUUGUAACGAGGAGUCUGGUGUACAAAACUCUGCUCCGUGUUCUGAAAGGGAAAGCACUGUUCCAAAACAGACUCCUACUUUUGUAGAUGCCAUAUUUGGGGGACAAACGUCUAGCUCUGUUAGUUGUUUGGAAUGUGGUCAUACUUCAAUUGUAUACGAGCCAUAUUUAGAUCUUUCAUUACCAUUACCCGCCAAGAAAUCUCCAUCUAAAAGGAUGCCAUCAGUUUCUCGAUCCAGGAAAACCAAACCACCUCCAAAGAGACGUGGAAAGUUUGGGACAAAAACUAAUCGAGCUUCCAAUGCCUCACCAGCUGACGGUGUUCCAAUCAUUGCAACCACUAGUGAUUACUUGCCUGCUGAAAAAAAGGUUGUUCCUUCAGGUGAUUCAACACAGCCAGAAUCUGCCUUCCUUGGCGGUGUGGGUGAUAAGAAUGUUUCAGCUGCAAAUGAAAAUGUAGCUCAAGGGAAUGCAAUUGAGAAAAUCUCUGAGAUUACAAUCAAGGAAUCAGGUAUUCCUUCAGAUAAUUUGGCACUCAUAGAGCCGGCCACUGUGUUGAAUAGCCAUGGUAAUCGAACAGUGGAUUCAUCUGAUAUUUUAUCAUGGUUGGAUUAUCUGGAGCCAACUAUGGUAUUAAGUAAUCAUGAUGCAGCUGCAUGCCCUGGUGAUGAUAUGGUUACCGAGUACACCGGCAAGACUCAGCUGGUUCAGGAUGAGCCAUUAUUGCAGCAGAUGAUGGAAGCUAGCAAGCAGGUUUAUUCCCUUGGUUUGGAGGAAACACCACCCUUGGCAGACGAUUCGUGGUUGGACUACCUUCAACCUAGUUCUUCGUCUAAUGGUCAUAUUAUGGCAUCACAAAACGAAGACUCGUCAGUAGUUCAAAAUUCUGGAAACAAUGAUGAUGUUUUUUGGGAAAAUGAGCAGCCCUUGAAAGUUCAAGAAUCAGAAAUCAUAUUGCUUUCUUACGAAGAACUCAUACCAACCAGUAAUGGCAAUGAGGCGACAUUGUCUUCUGUAAGUUAUGAACAAGAACCUUCGGAUUUUGAUGGCUUUGGGGGUCUCUUUGAUGAACCUGAGGUUGUUGCUGGGCCAACUGUGGGUCCCUUAAACGGAUAUGUAGAAAGUGGUCCUAUGGCCAGAAACAUAAGCGAGUCUGAUUCUGAUGAGGUUGACAAUACCAAUUCUCAGGUCUCUGUUGAUAAAUGUCUAACUUAUUUCACAACCUCUGAGCUUCUCAAGAAAACCGAACAUGCCUGGCAGUGUGAGCAAUGUUCAAAAGCUUUGUUAGAGCAGAGAAUGAGACUAAAGAACAAACUGCAUGAACCCAUUUCAAAUGGAGCCAAACAUAGAAUUCCAAGUAUUCCAUCUGUCUCUAAUGGGAUUGGAAACCCUGUUGAAGUAAGUGCUGUACUUGGUAAUUCUGAUGAAAAUUCUUGGUUGCAUGAUAAAAGUGAUUGCAGUCGAUUAGUAUGUGAGUUAGAAGAAAGGGGAAAUGUGGUAAAUGGUGGGAGUCCAGAACUAUCACAACAUCCAAGUUCAAUUACAGCAUCCAGUGAAGAGAGUUGUAUUAUUCAAGAUACUGAUUCUUGUCAAGUAAACAAACACGAUAAUAAAUGUAAGAAUGAGAAAGUUGAGCAAAGAAUAUCCAACUGCCUAGCUAGGCGACGUGAUUUCAACGGGGUUGAGGAUGAGGAGGUGAAUUCUAGUAGUGUCAAGGUGACGAGGGAUGCAUCUAAGAGGAUUCUUAUCAAUAGAGUUCCACCAAUCCUGACCAUUCAUUUGAAAAGGUUAAGUCAAGAUGCUCGUGGCUGUUUAAGCAAGUUAAAUGGUCAUGUUGAUUUCAAAGAUACCAUCGAUCUUAAGCCCUACAUGGAUCCUAGCUGCUGCAGAGAUGGAGGGGAAUGCAGAUACCGGUUGAUAGGGGUGGUGGAGCAUUUAGGGACGAUGAGGGGCGGCCACUAUGUUGCAUACGUGAGAGGAGGUGCAAAAGGUAACGAUGAUGAUUGCUUAUGGUACCAUACCAGUGAUGCUCAUGUCCGAGAGGUUUCUUUGGAGGAAGUUCUCCAGUGCGAGGCCUACAUCUUGUUCUAUGAAGAAAUGUAAGAUUGCAAACAUUCUUUCAUUUAAUCUACUUUAAACUUUCAAUCCCUUAUU